AUAGCGCUAAAGUUAAGUUUCUUUUCUGCGUAGUAGUUGGUCUCUGGAGUUGUACGACUUACAAAGCUGGUUUUGGUCAAUGGUAACUGUAACGUUAUGUCCAAAUACAAAUAUGUUGACCUGAAAAAUGCAUCUGGUACAGUGAAUGUCAUUGUCAUUGUUAAAUAUGCUGAUAAACCGAAGAAAACAAAAGGUUCUGGAUACUCACUGCUUUUGGCGAUCACUGACCCUUCUUUAAGUGGUGAUAAAAUGUCAUGCGUUAUUUUUCAUGACUCUAAGGAAAAUUUACCCCAGAUUCGUGGCCCUGGUGAUAUUGUGGUUAUGCACAGACUCGUCGUAAGACCGUUUAACGGUCGAAACCAGGGUUGUGGCUGUGGUACUACAGGUUUUAGUGCAGCUGUGUUUUCAGGCAUAAACUCAGAUCCAUUAGUUCCCAUAGAAUCACAUACUAGGUGCAGUGUAGGUGACGAAGAGUUGGAAGCUGUGAAACGUUUAAGGGAAUGGUACACUUCCCCCAACUGUCCAAUGGAAAGGGAGGAGGAUAUGAUUACAGGAAGCACAUCAGGAAAUUCUUGUCAGCUGAGCAAUAUUUCUGGAUCAGGAGUAAAACGACUUGGAGUGUUAAAAGGAGAUAAAUUUUACACGAUUGAAGGCCAGAUAGUCAGUAUAUAUAAAUCUGCAGAAGAUAAUCAAUCUCUUACCCUUUAUAUCUGGGAUGGACCGUUGUCCUCUGAUAAGCAGGACACUGUUUUUACUGGACCCUCUAAGAAGAAUUUAUUUCAGAUGCUUUCUCAUUCUCAGCAUGAUCCACAUUUGACUGCCUUAACAGGGCAUAAUUUGAAGCACUGGAAUGGAAAUGAAAUAGAAUGCCGAAAAAAAUAUACUCAAGAUUGUUUACUGACAGCUUUGGCUGCUCCUCUUUUUUCUGAUAUCCAAGUGAAUCUUCAGGAUAAUAAAGAUUUCGUUGAUUGGUCUGUCCCAGUUUCCAUUUAUGAUGAACACAUUACUAGCGAAACAGUAAUGAACCUUAAACCUGGUGAUCUUAUACGCAUUCACAAUGUACACGCUAAAUGUGUUCGAAGUGAACACAAUCAAUCGUCUUCUGUGCGUUUAAGGUUACAUGGUGGAGGUGAAAAAUAUGGUAGUGGAGUAAGAUAUUUGGGUGACAGUUACUUGUUGAUGAGUUUCCUUAGUUGCGAUUCAUCAAACAUUACAGAAGAUGCUCAAAGAAGAGUAGACGAAGCAAACAGAUAUGGUCUGUUGGAAAAUUUAAAAAACGGAAUCAAAUUAAGACCACCUUUACUUAAACCUGAUUCCGAAUUUCUUAUACCUUAUCAACUGCAACAACCUCUCUCAGUCGCUCAAAUACAUAACCUCCCACUGAUAAUCAGCAAGAAAGAAAGGGAACUGAACAACUGGGACCUAUUAUAUCCCAUAAACACACAGAUAAUUCCUGUCGUUCCACCUUCCUCCUGGUUACCUGUUUAUAAUCCUCCGCACAGUAACCCAAAUCUAAAUGUUGUUUACACACGAUUAUGUGCUCGAAUCAUCGAUGUUGCUCCACUUAAUGUCAGUGUUUUAAAAGAUUGCCUUUUGUUGACAUGUAUCAAAUGUUCCAUUUCAAUUAGAAGUUCAGGGAUUUCGAACAGUGACGAAGGUCUCUGUGAAUGUGGCUCUCGGUAAGUUUCUCAGAGUUUUGUUCCUAUCAUUAAGUCUUACUAUUCUCCCCUUCUUUUUUCUGCAUUUAGAAGAUCCAACUGGUACUAUUAUUUUAACUGUCUCCGGUUGUAAUGUCAGUGAUCUGCUUAAUAAUUUAAUGGAUUGUGACCUUACACCAUGCAUUAAAACUGAUGCAUGGUGGGCAGGCUUAGUGUUUGAAAUGACGGAACUGGAUAAUAUUGGUAUUUCACCAUCCAAAAUGAUCCUGGAACAACUGCAUCGAUUAUUGGGACAGUGGAUUGAUGUGACAGUUAAAAUAAGUUGGUCGAAAGAAUCCCUGUCACGGCCAGCAAGCAUUUCGAAUCAUUAUGAUCUCCAGUUCAAUCUUAUUGGUUGGAGUGCUGUAUAAAUAGACAUAAAGGCAUUUUUAUGACUUUAUUUUGCAUUCUGACUUUUGCAGAAUGAAAUUUUCGAGAAAAUAUUUUUUGUAACAUAUAUAUCACUAUUUAACUACUUCUAAGUUAUGCGUUGCAUUGAGUAAUAAUAGUGAACUGUUCUCUGAUCACGUAAAGACUGGCCAAGUUAGAUGUUGACUCUGUAUGCUGAGAUGAUGAGUAUUCAAACUCUAACAGAGUAAAUAAUAGGAUAAAGUUGUGUAUGUAUUAUGAAGAGAUAAACCGUUAUUUCUUUGCAGAAUAUACGAUCCAGUUAGCAGUAUUAUGAACAAUUCAACACCAGAUACUCGAUCCUCAAUAAAGUAACAGUCAUACUGAGCAUAAGACUGCGUUUCUUUCCUCGUAGGAAAAUCAAAAGUACGUUAGACAUUAUGAGAGUUUUUUUUGUAUAUUGUUAGCAUAAACAUAACAAAUAAUAAAUACCAAGCGGUUAUCAUGGAAAAUAAGUUAUUGAAUGGAGAUUGGAAUGUGCAUUUGUAAGUAUCACUAAUUUAUGUCAGUAUACCAACUUUCUAAUUCGAAGAUUCACAACUUCAUCGACUGACCUGCAUGUCUUGUCUAUUAUCUUUAGCCUAACCUCGACAUUGGUCACACGGUGAUUUCAACAAUGGCGAGCAAUGCUACGAAAGACACCUGAUGUCAAAAAAUGCAUUCUCUUCAUAUCUACUUUUUACGGCUGUCUCAUCCGUAUAACAGGAAAAAAUGAACUACAGCGCCGUAUACUCUUUCUCUAAUGGAUAUCUCGUCAGACAGUGCCAGAGGUAAAGGAAGUUGACAAAUACAAGACGGGCCUUCUGUAUCCCAGCUAAGGUUUCGUUAGCAACCAUUUAGUUCAGUGUGAUGAUGCAACUCCCCAAGUAAGUGAAGCAGUGGACGCAUUCUACCACUCCGUUAAACUGGGAGUAGACGCAGAGCAGUCCUGAAGCAUCUAUCAUCUUACAUUUUACAGGUUCGAAACGCAUGCUAAAUACAUUUUAAUUUCUACUCAAGAAGUUCAGAAGACUGGAUAUUGUCAGCGUUUUCACCUAUCAUUACAAUAUUGUCUACGUACCUCAAGUCAACAGCAGCGGUGUUUGUGAUAUUAAGACCUGUGAAGGUAUGCCGAGAAACUGAUACACUUACUGUGUUCAGAUACGCGUGCACUUAAAGGUGAUACCACUUUGUGAAACGACUUCUAGAAGUAGAAACGGAGUUUGGAAGUUGUUUUUGAAUUUAUUGAUAUAAUUCAACGCAAAAACUAGAAGUUAUUUUCUCCUUGAAUUUACUUUACUGUUUACAGAAUACUCGUAAAAAUUAUAUAUCAGAAAUUAUGGCAGAAAUUAAACAGCAUGGGCUCAUCUACAUA